CCCGUCCAGCGUCUGGUUUAUAAUCCUACAAAAAAUCCUUCACAAUGGCCGACUCGAGCGAAUCCCGGCCGGUCGUGCGGUCCAGCAAGCCCGUCAGCGAGGCUCUUUUGAACGAAAAGUGGGACCGCGCUGUCUCGUCGAUGAUCAUCCGUUCCGGUCUGGGCGUCGGGUUCGGUGUUGUCUUCUCGGUGCUACUGUUCAAGCGGAGGACCUGGCCUGUUUGGGUUGGACUGGGCUUUGGAGCUGGGCGUGCCUGGGAGGAGGCUGAUGCUUCCUUCCGCCGUGGCGACUCUCCCGUGAGAGAUGCCUUGCGCAGGUAGACGUUGCAGUCUCCGAUUGUGUACGAUAUCUGUACAGGGGGGUAGAAACCGGGGAGACAGGGAAGACAAGACUCAUCAGCCUCUACGCAAUAGAUCCUUUUGUUGUUCUAUUUAUACACAAUACAAAAUAUUCUCACGUUCCAUUCCGUACCCAUCCAAUGCCUUAAGCAUAUUCAAGACUCACCUCUAACCUCGUGUCUAUACGCGAGUUACACGGUUUAAGACAUGGUCUUCGAAUCCACUCUACAAAAUA